CCGCCGCUCGACCUUUUGUUGUGGCGAUGAAGCAACGAAGGGGGACCCUGGAGCUUUGACCUCCAGCGGAGGUGAAGCCACGAUGGUCAGGGGCCAGGCUGCAGCCCUCGUGGUGGGCAGUGGGAGGCAGGGGAGCCUCCUCGUUCAGCGGGGACCAGGCGCCAGGCGCCACUCCUCAGGCGCCUCAUGCGACGCCCUCGUCCGCUUCCCGCGUCCCCUCCGCCGUUGCCUUGGAGACUGGAAGCGGGCGGGAUUCCUCGUGCCGGGGACGCGCGGCGGCGCGCACCGAGCACCGCCGGCGGCCCUCGAGCGGCAGGACGGCGUGAGCUGGGCGGCGGCGCGCGGCUCCUCCUGCAUCAGCAGCGGUUGCUCGCUUGGGGUGGGGGCCCGUUUCCUCAGCCUGAACGUGGGUCGUUGCCGGGCCGUCGAGGAGCGAGAUGUAAAUAUUUGUGCAUCACAUCUACAAUUUGAGAAAACCAAGAGUAGUUUUUCUCUGUCGGGAUGUAGGAAGCUUUAUUUUGAUACCCAUGCCUUUGUGUGCCUCCUGGAAGAAAAUGGAUUUACUACUCAGCAAUCUGAGAUUGUUGUGUCUGCUUUAAUGGGCAUCAUGAAAAACAACAUGGAUAUUAUAUAUAAGGACAUGGUCACAAAAGUACAACAGGAAAUUGCGCUUCAGCAGAUAAUGUCUCAUAUUGGUGUUGUGAAAAAAGAUAUGAUUAUUUUGGAGAAGAGUGAAUUUUCAGCCCUCCGAGCAGAAAAUGAGAAAAUAAAAGUUGAACUUCAGCAACUAAAAAAGCAAGUGAUGGAUGAGACUUCCAAAUUGCGUACAGACAGCAAACUAGAUUUCAAUCUAGAAAAGAGCAGAGUAAAAGAAUUGUAUGCGCUUAAUGAGAGAAAACUGUUGAAAAUGAAAACAGAAAUAGUGGAACUGCAUGCCCAACAAGAUCGAGCUUUAACACAGACAGACAGGAAAAUUGACACCGAAGUUGCAGGUCUAAAAACAAUGCUUGAAUCGCACAAACUUGACAACAUUAAAUAUUUAGCAGGUUCAGUAUUUACAUGCCUUACAGUAGCCCUGGGAUUUUACCGUUUAUGGAUAUAACAAAGCAUCUAUUUUAAAAAGACAUGUACUAUCUUGCCUUAAAACUGCAUUGUCACCUAGCUUAAAUAAUGUAUUUAAUUCAAAUAAUUGCUGCCAUGUUAUUUAUUUGGUAAACUGCUGAAUGUAAGCUGAAAACUAAAGAGUGUGCCUGAAAACUAAUGUAAGUUCCAAAAUAUUGAUAGAAACUUGACCUGAGUCAGAGGCAACAUAAAUUUACACAAUUCUGUCCACCCAUUGAUACCUUUCCAUAUCUCUGGGCUAUUGUAAUAUCAGAAUUUGAGGUAAUUGGUAUUUACCAGAUAUACUAAAUAUAACUCUUAAGCCAGAGGAAAAUCUAGGAUGCUAUAUGCCAAAUUCGAAGAACAGACUUAAACACUGAGGGGUGAAAAAAGCUUUGAUUACCAAUAACAGUGGAUGGGAUCCAAUAGUCAUUCUACAAAUUGGUAUACUGUUGGUAGAGAACUACAGAAUCUCUCCAUUGCUGAAGCACGUGCAUGGUAUUUUUGCACAGCUGGUUGUGCCAAUGUAAUUUUAGCUGAAUUCUUUUGUGCAUAGUUCAAAACUUACUUCCCAGUGGUGCUGUAUUAUUUACACUAGCCAGAUGAUGCAAUUGAAUACUGCCUGUUGUUUCUUCAGAGCUGGAAAUUACUGAGUUAAAUCAUAACUUACUUGUUUCCUUUAUGUUGAUAAAACCUACUGUAAAGAUUUGUUGUCACUGUAUUUAAACAAAUGGAUUGCUUUCCUUGUAUUUUACUGUUUUAAAUUUCUCUCCAACUAAUGAUAUUUUAUAAGCAGAUGUUUAUCAAGAUCCUGCUGAUAAGGAAAUGCCACAUUAACAGUAUACUAGAAACAGCAUCCUGCUUCUUACCUUGAUAAAAUAUGAAGAAAACAAAGCUCAGUGAGAUGCAUCAGCAUUAAACACUCCUUUUCAGACAGACCUUGAAGAUUUCUUGGUUGAUAGAAGAGCGUGGUCUCUGCUAAAUAACUGUGGAAAACAAGGUUUAAAAGUUAAAGAAGAGAAAAGAAUUAGACUAACGGUACAAUCCUGAUAAUGCCUUCUUAAAAGUAGAUUGGUAGGGCUUGUUCCCAGGUAAAUAGCAUAGGAUUGAAGCCUAAGCUAAAUGUUUUUCACUCUCCCCAGGCUGACAAUAAAAUCAAAGUAUAAGCCAUGCUAAAAUGCAACCCAGCAGUAGGCAAACAUACUGGAGGGGAAAAACAGUUGUGUUAGUGGAUGUUCCCUUUGUAUAAAAUUGUUUAACUGAUUUACUGAAGCAUAUGUUUUGGGAUGUCAUGAGAAGGCAACAAAUGGAUUGGUACAUCAUUUAUAAGUAUUUUUUUUUAAUCGUCAAGAUGGGAAAAAGCAGUUCUGGGAUUUUCUGCCUUAAGUGUCAGAAUAGUUUGGGUACUCUGUACCUUGACUUGAAGUGGAGGGGGGAGCCCAUUUGCCAGCAAAACGUCUUGGGCCCUGCUCCUAACUUAAUAUUCUCUCCUUUCUUCUCUUAUAUUGAGCUGUCUGGGAUUGGUAAGAAGGCCAUCAUCUAUCAUCCCUGCUUCAGAGACCAAAACCCUUGCAGUCCAACUUUGUGUCUUUAAAAUAGCCUCCAAAUGGCAUGCUUUUAAUCUAAGUGGCUUUGUUUAAUUUAAUAGGCUCUUUUCACAACAAAGUUUGACUACAAACAGUGAUGUGGUUGUUUGCCACUACUUGUACCAUUUUAAUUAUUGUUCCCCAAAGUCCAAAGAGUUAACAAAAUAGAUGAGUGGGAUUUGCAUAAUAAUAUGGAAAAUGUUUGAUGUUUCCACAUACUAAGGUAGCUAACACUAAAGAUUUUAAGCUUUACACACAGUGUGCUGUGUGUAAAACUUAUUUUGAAAAAUUAUAACUCUUUUUAGGCAAGUCACUAGAUUUUGGUUUCCAUGUCACUAUAUUUGUAUACAUCAUAAAAACUAGUGUCGAAUAAUUUUUUGUAAAGAACUACUUGCUGCCUCAAGAUUUCUAAAAUGUCAAAGUGGAUAUAGUUCAAUUUUAGUUAAUAUGUAUUUUUAUAUUUAAUUUUAACUAUAGCACAAAUGUAAAAUAACUAUGAUCCUGUAUGUAGACUUACAAUUAUUUCACAAUGAUUUCAGUGGACUGUACUUUUAAUAAGGUGCUAAGGAUCACACCUUACGAGCAGAUCCAUCAUAAUUUUCUCCCCAUCAAUUUUCUUAUCUGCCAUUAUUUGCACUGUGCAGUUGGCCUCCACUGCUUUUGCAGUGGUGAUUUAAUAUCUCCAAGGCAAUCCAAACCUAGCAUUUCUGCUCAUUUCAGGGCUUACUUAGUGCUAAAUCUCUCUUGUGUAAGUGCCGGGUGCUGAUUGCAUAAUACAGUUGGCAGAGCCAUCACUUGGCUGUGGGGAAUCGGCAUAGCAGAAAAGAAUCUGCAGGAGCAUAGCACCCUGUUAGAUUCUGCCCUACAGUCUCAUCAGAGUUUGGAUUUCAGUGGGACUUGCUUCUGUGUAAAUGUGUUUAGGGCUGGGCUAUCCUUUUUAUGCUAGACUUUUCCUGAAGGAUUUAUAUAUGUUGUGAACCACUCAGAGAGCUUUGGCUGUUGGGCAUUAUAGAAAUUAAAUAAAUGUGUUCAGUAUUGAGACCAUAUGCAGGAUUGAAUUGGAGAUGUCUACAUAGCAGCUAGUUUGAAAUUAUAUGCUACUUAAACUUGCAUGCUACUUACCCUCCCCGCAACAAAAAGUCCCUCUUCUGUUCUGUGUUCUCUGGUUGGUUAAUUUAUGCUGCUAUGUUCUCAGUGUGAAUAAAUAUAGUUUGUCAUUGCAAUCAUGUUUUCAGCUAACAAACCUGAAUUAUUGUUACUUUUUUCCCCAACACGGUGUAAAAGGCUUACGUGUUAAAGCCAUCGGUUAUAAAAACAUUUUGAAUAGAUAAACCAAAGUGUUCCUGGGAUUAUACUACAUGUGUAGACUGUGGACCUGGAUUUACUGAAUGCCAGAAUAUUUCUAUGUGAAAUUACCUCUUUAUUCAUAAUUAAAUGAUUUAGGAUAA